CCAUGUGCUUAGAAUACACCUUAAUCUUCAUUGAAAUGAAUUCUGAUAACAAAUUGCAUAUUCACCUCUCAAUCAACAAUUCUGCAUCGAACAGAUCUAAGUAAGAUUAUCCACAGGUUACUACUCUCUGAGUAUGGACAUGAACAGGAAACAAUAGAAUCCAAUCUAAUAGUGAGGCGCAGGGGAUUUUAUAAGGCAAAAAGAGGAAAUGGUCAUGAAUGGAAACUACUCAUCUCAACAGAGAGUCUGGGGUUGGAAUUUUAAAGGGAUCUGAGCCUAUACACCUCAUUCGUGAAAGGCUCAAGCGAGACUCAGAUCCGCAUUGAAACUGUUGGCAUACAUCCGAUUCUGUGGCCUUAUCAUGGCGUUUUUCCCCAUUCGUACACGUCCGUUUCCUCUGUGCCCAGUUAAGUUAGCUUGAUCUCAGAAUCCGAUCGCAUCACAACACAGAACUGACAGAACUGUGCAUUUGUAGUCAAUAUGUGAUCAUUUAAAAAAUGUUUACGAUUUUACUUAUAUACCUUUUUGUAUAGGAUAUAGCCUACUUGAAAUAUAAUGAUCUUAAUUUAAUUUGUCACCUAUCAAAACCCUCACAGAGGCCUAACGGCCUAGGAGUUUGUCGUCUAUUAUGAGGUAACAGACACUCAUUGUGUCUAUCAUGAAAUUCGGGCAAAAUGUCGCGUCGAAAAACCACGGCCUUUAUACAGCCUGUCAAGGAAUGACAGUUUGUUUGAAAAUGCACUUGAGGCUGCGUAAACUUCUACAAUUGAUGUGGAACAGGACUACUAAUAGCAGCUCUCAGUGCACUCCAUACAUCCGUGAUAUCAGAAAGCUGCAAAGCAAUGGAUUCUAUAGGGUUUACGUUGGCGAGACUGACAUUCCAGAGAGUCUUAUCACCGGGGACAGCAUUAGGCCUACAUCAAUGAAUAUCACUGAAAACCGACAAACCUGGAGCAUCCUCCAUGCAGGCGGCCAUAAGGGAUGGGUGCCGUGGAAUUACAAACUUUUAUUUCACUGCAACGGGGUCUCACCAAUUAAACCAUCUGCUGAGAUAUUUGAGGAAUUAUGCUAUAGUUUGAGAGAGAAUUACGGAAAAUGUGCAAUUGUGGUCAAUCCACACAACUCAAGGGCUUCGAUGCGUGGGUAUGCAUGGGGUUCUUGGAUGACUCUUCAUCACCUGCCUUCGGGCCCGGUGGAAUUUACACUCAUAACCUGCUGCCCCUCAGUAGCGCGUUCUUACGGCCACGAGCUUCUCCAGCUGCCCUUCCAAUGCGCGCACUUGAGUCCUCUGAACAGUGCGUGGUCUACAGUCAAGUGGUUUGCAAACAAUAACCGAGGGAAAUACUCAGAGACCGUCUACGACCAUGACACUCGGCAUAAAUUCGUCUACUGGAUUGAACUAAUGGAAGGGGCUUUGAAGAUAAUGACCAAGAGGAAAUGGGAAGAAGCUGGCUCUAGAGUAUGGAAAAAUGAGAGCGUUUACCUCAAUGACUGACUGUGACAUUAAUGGUGUACCCAACCAAACACUGAGUUCACGUCGUAGAUUAACAAUUGAAGUGCUGGACCAGAAAGCAUGACAAGCGUCCAUAUUCAUUUCAGAACCUGCUCAAACCUGCCACUUUUUCCUAGAUUGAUAUAAACUGUCUGACCUUAACCUAAAACACAAAUGAAUAUUAAGGCCUAAUAAGAAGAUACUGCUGGGGUUUCCAACAAGUCAGUUAGCCAAGCCAUAGCAUAUUAUUUACAGAUAUAGUUAGUUGGGUGUAAAUGACUUAUCACUUACAAAAAUAUGGCAUGCAACGUUAUCUAUGCAAAAGUGAGACCAAUAGAAAGAAACAAUAUUGGCCUUUUAAUCAAUGCAAUUUUAUUACUUCAGAAUUGAUGAAUUACUGAAUUGUUACAAUUGUUUCAUUGAACAAAACUUCUUUAAACAGACCUUUGUAAUAGUCUUAAAUGGCAAUGUACUGUAGCCUGGCAUUGCCAGACCAACAUGUUAGUCUGCAACCUCUCAGUUCAUUUUUUAUUUCCA